AUGGUGCAUUAUAAGUUGACCUAUUUCGAUAGACGCGGAUUGGCGGAAUCGACUCGGCAAAUGUUCUAUAUGGCCGGUGUCGAGUUUGACGACGUAAGAAUCCGUCUCGAUAGCGAAGAUUGGGUGAAGCUCAAGCCACAAACUCCUCAUGGACAUCUUCCGGUCCUUUCUGUUGAUGGCUUCGAAAUUCCGCAAUCGUCAGCGAUUGCGAGAUAUGUAGCCCGAAAAUUCGGAUUUGCCGGAAAAACGCCAGAGGAGGAGGCUUGGGUUGACGCUUUUGUUGAUCUAUUCAAAGACUUCAUGAUUGCCCUUCGAAAAAUUUCGAUUGUAUUAAGAGCUGGAAAACCAGCUGAGGAAAUUGAAAAAAUCCGUAGUGAGAUCUACAAGCCAGCUGAGGAGAUCUACUUCAAAUAUCUGAAUAAAUACCUUGCCCAGAGCAAGUCAGGAUUCCUUGUUGGAGAUAGUGUUACUUUUGCUGAUCUCACAAUCGCUGACAAUCUAUUGACUCUUCAAGUGAACAAAUUGAAUGACCUCAGCAAAGAGCCAGCAUUGCUCAAUUAUCAAAAGAAGAUUCACUCGCUUCCGAAAUUGAAGGAAUGGAUCGAGAAAAGACCUGUCACUGCAUUCUAA